AUGCCCAGAUUGGAGCACGAUCUCCAGGGUCCGUCAGAUCAUGUCCUGAUCUGCACAGAUCUUGAUGUCGGUCCUGAACUGCCUGGAUCUGGGCGUCAGACAAUUAAACCUGGAAGCGAGGCUGAGAAGUCUUUCAUUUUGGACAUCCUCUGGGAUCUUGCAGCUAUUCCUGUUGUAGCCCUGGCAACCAAGGAAGGCAUUGAAGCUUUAGCUGAUGCUAUCGCGACAGCGUUCUCAGACGCGUGGCUUGCCCACUUGACCGAGUCCAGACCUACCAAGCGCUCCAAGUCCUGGUGGACGGACGAGUGCUCAGAAACAUUCGGAAAGGCAUGUAAAGCCGCCAAGUGUGAUUUCUUUGAUGAAUGUGUCGCAGAGAUCACCACUUCUCGCAAGCAUCCGUGGGACCUAAUGGAAUGGGUCAAACAGCGCAAGCUACCACCCUGUGAGGCUAUUCGCAAUGGCGACCAGCCUUGUGAUGAUAUGGACGACCUUUGGGAUGCCCUUCACGGCACGUACAAUUCGGCUUCUGGUCAGGAGUAUGACGCCUCUGUAUUAGACAAGCUUCCUGAUGAGCCAGUCUGCAAGUGGGCUGACUUCUCGGAGCAUGAGUUGUUGAGCGCCCUUAAGGGGUGCUCCAACUCCUCUGCACCAGGACCGGACCAUAUCACAUGGGUCCACCUAAAGGAGUUGCUCAAGGAUAAACAUGUCCUUGCGCUCUUCAUCGUGUUGGCCAAUGCUUGCCUCCGGGUGGGUCAUUGGCCUCGUAUAUUCAAGGAGUCACUGUCAGUUAUCGUUCCGAAGCCGAACAAGCCCUCCUAUGCUGUGCCAAAGGCUUUCAGGCCGGUCGUACUCCUCAUCACUUUCGGUAAACUUAUCGAAAAGAUGAUUGCCAAUAGGAUACAGUUUGAUGCUGUCAAGCAUGAUAUCUUUCAUCCUAACCAGCUUGGUGGCAUUCGCCAAAGGUCAACUGAGGAUGCUGGAUUGAUUCUGACUCAUCUUGUGCAUGCAGGGUGGGUUAAGGGUCUCCAGACUAGCGCGCUGGCUUUUGACAUCGCGCAGUUCUUCCCUUCUAUCAACCAUGAGAUGUUCAUGGCUGUACUUCACAAGCAAGGAUUCUCGCCCAUUUUGGUGGAGUUCUUUGCCUCUUACCUUGUUGGUUGGUCCACAGUGUACUGUUGGAACACCUUCCAAUCUGACUCGUGGUCUGCAGACAUGGGUGUCGGGCAGGGCUCUGCUCUCUCGCCUGUUAUCUCAGGGCUUUUCAUUGCUCCGGUAAUGAAGCUCUUCUACAUCAAGGCGGCACCGCUCAACAUGACGCUACUCUCCUUUGUGGAUGAUGGGACCAUUUUGGCCCAAUCCAAACAACUUGAUGAUAAUAAUGUGGGCCUGCAUAAGGCCUACAAGAUUAUCUACCUUCUCUUUGUUGCCUUCACACUCGUUCUUGAACACGACAAGACCGAGCUGUUUCACUUUUCGUGUCAACGAGACACCUACAAUCCCUCACUGGAUUUGGGAUACACCCUGCAUACCGGCACUACACCCUUGAAGCCCAAGACCUAUUGGAGGUACUUGGGCUUCUACUUUGACCAUGGGCUCACAUUCCAUGAGCACGUCCGCUACUACACCACCAAGGUGUUCACCACUGUGCAGGCCAUCGACACCUCUUAUAUAGAUCGUGCGUGGUUCCCAUUGCCACAUACGGCUAUCGUCUCUGGUAUUUCGAUGGCGCCCAACAAGGGCACAAUGAACCAGUUGAAACGGAUGCAGCGAAAAGCUGCUCUAUGGAUCACGGGUGCCUUCCGCACCUCCCCCACAGGCGGUCUUGAGGCCUUGGCAGCCCACUCUCACCCUCUGUUGGGCAAGGGACUCCUCAAACGGGCGGUACCACAUGCCCACCCAGCCACCUUGAUGACCCCAGCCAUGCGAGGGAAAGUCAAGAGCACCGUCAUGGAGGUGGAUGAACGUGUCCACACCUUAACUGAGAGCUUCGAGCCUUUUGCGCCUGAAGCUCGCCCAGACGAUCGGUUACUGGACCGCUAUGCAGACCGUCUCCACUUUGAUGAGCACGAUCCUACCCAGGAUAGGGCCGACCCAUUAACAGUACUGGCUGCAACUGAUGGCUCCGUCCCUCAGUCCAAUCAGUAUCAGGUGGCUUCAGCUGCCAUCAUCUACAAGGGACAUUGUGAGCUCGAAAGGACUCGCUAUGUCUCUGGCAGGGUUACCGCCCCAGAUGCGGAACUCAAUGCCAUCUUGUGCGCAGUGCGCCUUGCUGUCAAGCAGGCAAACUGCCAACAUAUUAUGGUCUUUACUGACUCUAUGGGCUUGGCCCAUAGAGCGGUCGACCCCAGUGUGCACUCUGGUCAGGCUUUUAGCCUGUCAGUCUGUCGCGUCCUUCAAGAGUGGUUUGAGGUGGACGAUCUCCGCCGCAUCACCUUUAUUUACGUUCCAUCUGCUCUGCGGUGGGAUAUUCAUGGUGAGGCACACAGGUACGUCACCGAACUCAAAGUUAGGGUUGGACGUUGCAAGACGGACAACUCUAUAGAUGCGCUACGCUCACGGGCUGCGCACUCAGUCCUGGAUUUGUGGGGUUCCACUUUCCAGGAUCCAACCUACCGAGGCUCUGAAUUCUUAGAGCUUCAACAGCCUGACGGGCGGCCGCUACAGCCAUCGUACCUCAAUGGGGGACCUUGGCUUUCAACAUUCGGACACAGUAUUUCUGAGUUCGCCCGCAUGUGCUGGUGUAUAACUGGCCACGCGCCCAUUGGAGUGUAUUACCGUCGCUUCAAGAUCAACGAGCCUCAUGGCUGCACUUGCGGGGCUGCUCUGCAGUCCUGUCAGCAUAUCCUCUUUCACUGUCAUGAUCAAUAUUCUGUACAUUAUCCCCGUUUUCUUGGGGAUAUUGCAUCGUUUAUGAAGUACAACCCUACAGUGUUUGGCUUCAACCGGGACCCUUCGGGUGUUGGAUAA